AUGAUAAGUUCGAAGACUUCAAGAGCUGUCUCACAGUUUUUGACACGCAGAUUAGUACGGAAUAGUCGGACAUAUCUGCGUCCUGUUGUUAGUAACACUAGAAAUGCAAGUUCUCUACAUGGUAGAGGACCAUCCCUAGACCAAAUAGCACUAUCGAGUGACAUACAUUGGCAAAGGUUUCAAUCACAACAAAAAAAUGAAUCUUUGCAACUAAAUUUAAAAGAUUUGGAAAGACAAUGGAUGAACCAAUUAAUGGGAAUAUCUGCAAAGGCAGAAAAAGAUCAUGAUGAUGGAGGUAAGCAACAACCAAUGAAAAAGCAAGAGGAUGAGGAAGGACAAGUAGAGGAAAAGGACAAACAGGAAGAAGGAAAUGAUAAAGUAGAAGAACAUGAAAAGGAUAGGAAAAAUUUAGAAGAAAAGUCAGAAUCACAAGGUUCUCCAACGUCGUCGUCAGCAACCGCCGGACUGCCUGCAGGUGGUAAUAAUGGUAGUGAUGGUAAUGAUAGCAGUGGCAAUGAUGGGAAUAAUAGGAAUAAAUCGAAGAAACAUACCCCACCAGAAGUUUAUCCUCAAAUGCUGGCUUUACCGAUCUCGAGACGCCCACUUUUCCCUGGGUUUUAUAAAGCGGUGGUCAUAUCGGAUGACAGAGUCAUGAAAGCUAUCAGGGAGAUGUUAGAUCGUCAGCAACCUUACAUUGGUGCAUUUAUGUUGAAAAAUUCCGAAUCCGAUUCAGAUGUAAUUCAUAGUACAGAUGAAGUUUAUGACGUUGGUGUUUUUGCUCAAAUUACCAGUGCAUUCCCAAGUAAGGAUGAAAAGACAGGAACUGAAACUAUGACCGCACUUCUUUACCCUCAUAGAAGAAUAAAGAUUGACUCGUUGCUAGCACCAAAGGGUGACGCUAAGGGGACACCGGCUGAAGCUCCACAGGAAUCUAAGGACGAAACUGCAGAAGUGACGACGGAGACCCAAGAUGUUAACGAAUCAAAGACCGUGGCGGAAACGGAUUCUAACGCACAGGCAGUGACUACUUUGGAAGAAGAAGACUUGAAUCCAACAGAAUUUCUCAAGAAUUACGAUGUAUCGUUAGUCAACGUUUCCAAUUUGGAAGAUGAUCCAUUUGAAAGAAAAUCACCUGUUGUCAAUGCCUUAACCUCUGAGAUUUUGAAGGUAUUUAAAGAGAUUUCUCAGUUAAACUCCAUGUUUAGAGAACAGAUAGCUACGUUUUCUGCAUCUAUCCAAUCUGCCACCACCAACAUUUUUGAAGAACCUGCUAGAUUGGCAGAUUUCGCAGCUGCUGUGUCAGCGGGUGAAGAAGAUGAGUUGCAAGAGAUCUUAGAAUCGCUUAACAUUGAGCAAAGGUUAGAAAAGUCUUUGUUGGUCUUGAAGAAAGAAUUAAUGAAUGCAGAAUUACAAAAUAAGAUUUCCAAAGACGUGGAAACUAAAAUACAAAAGAGACAAAGAGAAUACUAUUUAAUGGAACAACUUAAGGGUAUCAAAAGAGAAUUGGGUAUCGAUGAUGGUCGCGCUAAGAUGAUUGAGACCUUCAAGAAGAGGGUGGAAAACUUACAACUACCUGAAAGUGUAAAGAACGUUUUUGAUGAAGAAGUUCAGAAAUUGUCUACAUUAGAGACUUCAAUGUCUGAAUUUGGUGUCAUUAGAAACUACUUGGAUUGGAUAACUUCUCUACCAUGGGGUAUCACUUCCAAGGAACAGUACUCCAUCAAUAGUGCUAAAAAGACAUUGGACGAAGAUCAUUACGGUAUGAACGAUGUAAAAGAUCGUAUACUAGAGUUCAUUGCCGUCGGUAAACUCUUGGGUAAAGUAGACGGUAAAAUUCUAUGUUUUGUGGGACCACCAGGUGUUGGUAAAACUUCUAUCGGUAAAUCUAUUGCUCGUUCAUUAAACCGUAAAUUCUUUAGUUUCUCUGUGGGUGGUCUCACGGAUGUAGCGGAAAUUAAAGGUCAUAGAAGAACUUACAUUGGUGCGCUACCAGGGCGUGUCAUUCAAGCACUAAAGAAAUGCCAAACUCAAAACCCAUUGAUUUUAAUCGAUGAAAUUGAUAAGAUUGGUCAUGCCGGAAUUCAUGGAGAUCCAUCUGCCGCAUUGUUAGAAGUGUUAGAUCCAGAACAAAACAGCAAUUUCCUAGAUAAUUAUUUGGAUAUUUCGAUUGAUCUAUCUAGAGUCCUUUUUGUCUGCACUGCAAACACUUUGGACACCAUCCCAAGACCACUUUUGGAUCGUAUGGAAGUCAUAGAAUUAACAGGGUACGUUGCAGAGGAUAAGGUUAAAAUUGCAGAGCAAUAUUUGUCACCAAGUGCUAAGCGAGCCGCUGGUUUGGAGAAUGCCAACGUAGAUUUGGCUGAAGAUGCUAUCAGAUCAUUAAUGAGAAAAUACUGCAGAGAGAGUGGUGUGAGAAAUUUAAAGAAGCACAUUGAAAAGAUUUAUCGUAAAGCAGCCUUGAAUGUCGUUAAACAGUUGAGCAUGGAUGAUAGUCCACGUAUUGAUAAAGAAAACGUAAAAGAGAAUGAUAAGAAUCCCGAAACUCCUGCUUCCGCUUCGGAUGGAGAAAAUGCCAAAGAAUCUAAUGGAAUCGAAAUUGAAAAGACCAAGGACAGUUCAGAAUCUAUGAAGGUUUCUGAUGAUAUCAAGAUAACGGUCGAUUCAGACAAUUUGAAAGAUUAUGUGGGGCCACCUAUAUUCACUAGUGAUAGACUUUACGAAAAUACACCACCUGGUGUGGUAAUGGGUCUCGCAUGGACCAGCUUAGGUGGUACCUCACUUUACGUGGAAUCCGUGUUAGAACAGCCUCUACAAGAUUGCAACCAUCCAUCUUUCGAGCGUACGGGUCAAUUGGGAGACGUCAUGAAAGAAUCAUCUCGUCUUGCUUACUCCUUUACUAAAAUGUUUUUGAGUUCCAAAUUCCCACAGAACAGAUUUUUCGAGAAGGCAGCUAUCCAUUUACACUGUCCUGAAGGUGCAACACCUAAGGAUGGGCCAUCUGCCGGCGUAACCAUGGCAACCUCACUACUCUCAUUGGCACUGAACAAGUCCAUUGAUCCUACGGUUGCUAUGACUGGUGAAUUAACGUUGACUGGUAAAGUGCUACGUAUUGGUGGUCUGAGAGAAAAAGCUGUAGCCGCAAAGAGAUCUGGCGCUACCACUAUUAUUUUCCCUAGAGAUAACCUAAGUGACUGGGAAGAAUUACCAGAUAAUGUCAAAGAAGGCUUAGAACCAGUAGCUGCAGAUUGGUAUGAUGACGUUUUCCAGAGAAUUUUCUCCGGGUUAACAGCUGAAGAAGCUAAUAGUACUUGGGAAUCCCAAUUCAAACUAAUUGACGCCAAGAAGGAUAAAGAAAAGGAACAUUGA